GCGCGGAGCGGGGAGGACGCAUGUGGCCCGGUCUCUCGGCUGGUUUGGUUUGACACUGUGUGCGCACGGAGCUAAAGCCUCUUUCGCCCUUUGCGCCGGUGUUGUUAGGACAUUGCGCCAGUGUGAGAGGGGGAGGGGAGGGGGGGGACACCACUGCUGGAACACGUAACAGCGGGAUCCCUGCGAGUAUGGACGCCCUGCAGGCACAACGCGCUGGAGCAGGCGGCGUCGGGGAAGGGGACGCCGAGGAGAGGUACCGCGCUCUCGCCUUUGACACGGCUGUGAGCACCCUGGUGGCCGUGGCCGUGUACGCGGUGGUGAAAGUGAGCCUGGACGGCUUCAGACAGUGGCGGGCCAGGAUCUCGGUGCUCGUCGUGGGUUCGGGACCCGUGGGGCUGACGGCCGCGCUGGUCGCUGUCCGCUCCGGUAAGGUGCUGAAACUGACCGUGCUGGACGAGAGGUACCGCGCGGCGCUGCUCUGCCGGCCACAGCAGAUCGCCUUGGAUCCCCGCAGCGUGAAGUUUCUGCUGGGACUCGGGGUGGACUUUGAUAACAUGGAGGGCUGUUGGCACAACGAGCAUUUCUUCACCCGGAUAGGCGUGUUUCAGGAGUACCUGCUGAGCAUCCUAGAGCAGAAGAAACUGAAGGUGGACGUCAAGGUGCAGCUGGGAACCAAGUUCUCCGAGGAAUACCUGCGGCGGAUUCAGCGGAACGAGUGGCCUCGUGUGAUUGUGGUGGCCGACGGGUCGUGUGGCGACUCCUGCUCCGUGCUGGGCAUUAGCUCCGACUACACCGUGGAGUCCUGCCAUGCCUACGGAGCUAAUGCCACCAUAGAGAGACUAGAUCAGAGACAGGUUCCCACUCCUGAGAUCCGUACCCCCAGCCUCUACUUCGACCUGUCCGCCUAUGGCGUGGAGGCCCUCCGAGAGCCCAGAAAUCCCGCCGCCAAACCUGGCUUCCACCUAAAGAUCUAUGGCACCUUCAGGAACCGCUACAUGGCCCUCGCCUGCCCGGCCUCUGACACCAAGAUGGUCCGCUUCCUCCGGCACACGGCCAACUCCUCUAUCAUGAAGAAUAUUUUCCACCAGUCCUUCAAUGUUUAUAAGACGGACAUCGAGCCUCGUCUCAACGACGUGACGCUGCACCGCAUGCAGUGCAGCCGGCGUCUCUUUGAGAUUCAGUUAUCACACAGACGCAUCAGCGCUGCCUUCAUAGAGGGGGACAAUGUGGCCGUCACCGUGGAGGGGGAGGCGGCGCGCGUCCUCAACUUUGACACAGGUUGCGGAGUGAAUCUGGGUAUGCAAGGACUGGAGUCAAUGGGGACGUUCAUUUACCAGACAGCCACAGCUGUGGACCAGAACGAUGUUCUAGAGGCACUGUCUGCUAAAAUGCAACACUCCAGACAGGUGGCCGAGAGCUUCAAGCAGACAGGCCUGGCUCAAUCAAUUUAUGAAUGAAACACGAGGACGGGCAGGUGAAUGCAUAGUGCCCCCUAGUGGGAAGUGGUGGUGGAUUGUUUGUGUUUACACUGAAUGUUUACAAUGAAUCACUGUUGAUUACACACUGAAAGCAGAUGAACGGACGUGAUCUUUGCCUGGAUGAAUACAGGGUGUAAAGAUGUGACCACAAGUCGUUGUGAUGUACAAUGGGUGGAGCUAUUUAAUUAUGCAUGGAGCACACAUGCCAUGGACACAUUUGCUACGAGGCCUUUGAAGUUCUGUUUUUUCAGGUUGCAAAGCUCGUCAAUUCAAACAGAUGCAGAUGAGAUCUGACACAAUCUACAGUACAUUGUCUAUUAAUGCACUGCACUGGAUUUGGAUUCCUCUGUUAAGUGUCAGAACGAACCGGAUGAGGAGUUUCCUAAAUCUAGUCCAUUGUGUUCUCUUAACAUCGGUGUAAUGAGACUGUUGUGCAGCAACAUCAACAGGAGCUGAAUAAUGCAUUAAACUGUUAUUGUAUGUGAUUUAACAGAGGAGCACAUGUGUAGAAUCUGAUAUCCAGUCUAUCGUGCCGUUUGUCCUUGUGUUUUGCGUGGCGCAAACUGUGUUGAUGACGUUGUGAAGUAUGUGUGUGCUCUUUUUUGUGUACUUUUUAAGCAGGUUUCAAAAGCUCCCAUUAAAUAGGGCAAUUGUAAUAUCACAAACUAAUUUGGCUGGUGUCACAUUCAUUUCUAAAGAACUGAAGUGACAUUUGAGAGAUUGGGAGUAUAAUAAAAUCCUGCUCCUGUUGAAGUGCCAAUAAAUGUGGUGGUUGGGUAUAAGUUAUAUGGAUCGUCUUUACAUAGAACCCCUGUAUGUUUAAUUGGAGAUGAACGCAAUUUAACAAAGGUUAAAGCAACCAGUGUAGGAACUUGUUAGGGGUUUACAAAGAUUUUUGCAAAUCAAAUGAAAAUAAAAUGAAAAAAAACGAUGAGCCUUAAAACA